AGUGAAAACGUCAAAUAUACCCUUUGUCCCUUCCCAAAUACAAACCGCUUUGCUGGGUGAUAACCGAUCUAUUCACCUCGGUCCAAAACUCCCACUCCUUCGUCCCUACCUUUCUCUCUCUAUCCCCCAAUUCUCAAAACCCUAAUCAAUCCCACCCCCAAACUCCCCAAAUCUGCAGAUCCCAAAAUGACGAAGGAGUUCGCGGUACCUCCGGUGGUGUUCCCCUCCGGCGGGAACCCUAGCGCCGUCGGAUCCAACAACAUCCAGCAACGCCGCGUCGCGACGGCGCCGUUUCAACCCCCGCGCUCCUCCACCUCCUCGAUCCCCUUCAUGUCCUUCGACAUCGGAUCGGCCGCCGCCGCCUCCUCCUCCUCCUCCCUCUUCGGAGGGCCGAUCGGCUCCUCCUCCAUCCCUGGCGGCUCCGCCUCCUUCGAGGACGAGGAGCCCCUCCUCGACGAGCUCGGCAUCCACCCUGACCAAAUCUGGAGAAAAACCAAGUCUAUUCUCAACCCGUUCCGGUCCAACCCGGCGGUCCACAAGGACUCGGACCUCUCUGGCCCGAUCCUCCUUUACAUGUCUCUCUGCCUCUUCCAACUCCUCGCGGGAAAAAUCCAGUUCGGCGUCAUCCUCGGAUGGAUCGUCGUCUCUUCCAUCUUCCUCUACAUCGUCUUCAACAUGUUGGCUGGGCGUAACGGCAAUCUCGACCUGCACAGGUGUACGUCCGUGAUUGGGUAUUGUAUGCUGCCCGUGGUGAUCUUAUCGGCCGCCUCGCUCUUCGUCCCCCAAGGCGGGAGCUUCAGGAUUGCCGUGGCUGCCGUCUUUGUGUUGUGGGCCACGAGGGUGUGCACGGGGCUCAUGGUUGCGCUUGCUGACGGUGGUGAUGAGCAUCGUGGGUUGAUAGCGUAUGCUUGUUUCUUGAUUUACACUCUGUUUUCGCUUCUUGUGAUAUUUUAGUGGCAUUGGUUGUGAAACAAUUGAUUUACACUCUGCAAAUUUUUGGUGGUUGGUUGAUAGUGAAUGUCUUGAACAUCUCUGUAGCUGUGGAUUUAGAUAUAUGUGAUGUUGUGAUUGGAAGCAUUCAGAAUGUACGUUGGGAUAAUGUAGAAAAUGGAGAUAUCACGAUGAAAUGAAUUUGAAUUUUUGGCCUGACUUA